GCGGGAAAAUGCUAACCCUAAACAUUUUCCCAGAGACUUUCCCGCUAAAACUAGAAAGUGAUCGCCUCGCCACCAUUUUUUUUAAUUUUCGAACGUCUCUGGCAAACCCUCGACGCAACGAACUUCAUCCUUCACUUGUCCUUGCGAAUUCAAACACGUCUUAGAACUCAAAAAUGCCUAGAGAAGAAUCUGAGAAUGGUAGAGAUGACAUGUUAAUUGACGGAUGUGAGCCUGAACAGCCUCGAGGAAACUCUGUUCCGGAUGGGUUCAAUACGAAUUACCUCAAAGUUUACUAUGGGAAGCUUUUUCCACAUCAUGAUAUAUUUAAGUGGAUGUCUUAUGGAAAUGAUGGAAAGCAUCCUGCAUGUGACCGGUCAUACUUUGGACGGAGAGAGUUCUCUUUCACAUUGGAUAAUGACAUAUAUCUGCGAUUUCAGUCUUUCAACAGUGCAUCUGAACUGGAAAAUUCCAUCAACGAGAAGUGUCCAGUUAAAAUAGAUAUUGGGCCCGUAUACAAUGUGGAUCCUGCAAAGAGGCAUGCCUAUGCACAAGCUGGUGAUAAUGGUUUUGCUCCAGUGGAGAGGGAACUUAUUUUUGAUGUAGAUAUAACAGAUUAUGAUGAUGUUAGAUAUUGCUGCUCAGGCGCUGAUGUUUGCUUGGAUUGCUGGCCACUAAUGACGGUUGCUGUUAAAGUGAUUGAUACUACUCUCAGAGAUGACUUUGGCUUCAAUCACGUUCUGUGGGUGUACAGUGGCCGACGUGGUGUCCAUUGCUGGGUUUGUGAUGAGAAGGCCAGAAGGUUGAAUAAUGAGCAGAGGGCGGCUAUUGCCGAUUAUUUCCGUGUAUAUAAGGGCAAUGAGAAUAGUCAUAAAAAGGUUUCUCUGACAGGUCAUGCACUUCAUCCUUUCCUUGCAAGAUCAUACACUGAGGUUUUGAAAGGUUUCUUUGAGGAGAAAUUGCUAUCUAGUCAAAAUUUGUUUUCAAAUGAGGAGAGAUUUGAAAAGAUCCUGGAGAUGAUUCCUGAUGAAUCUAUUACUUCAGAACUUCGGGGAAAGUGGCAGGAAAGCAGGCGUUCCUCCAUUUCAAAAGAAGACAUUAAUGUUGUUCGAUGGGGGCAACUAAAACAGAUGCUGCAAUCUGGGAAACAGAAGGGUCAGGGGCUUCGCCGGUGUGUUGAAGAGAUUGUGUUCUCUUAUGCUUAUCCUAGACUUGAUAUGGAGGUUUCAAAACAUAUGAACCAUUUGUUGAAGGCACCAUUCUGCAUACACCCCAAAACAGGUCGUGUAUGUAUUCCUAUAGAUCCAAAUCAUUGUGAAGAAUUUGAUCCUACAACUGUACCAACCGUUUCCAAGCUUUUGGGCGAGCUUAACAUGGGAGGUGUGAAGGCAAAUGGUGGUGACGAAUGGGAUAAAACGUCUCUUGGAAAAUCAGUCAGAUAUUUCAGGUCAUCUUUUUUGCAGCCUCUGCUAAAGUCAUGCAAGGAGGAGAUAGAAAGUUCCUACAGUGCAAAACUUCAGGAGUCAAAAAAUUCACUGAGCUGGUAGUCUUUUCUGAGCUUCUAGCUUUCUAGGAUUGUGCCGUAAGAUGUAAGUGAAAAUUAUGUAAUGUAGUCUUACUCUAUUUUUAUGUUGUGAAAUUGUCUUGAAGAAUCCAGUAGAAUUAAAAAGAACAUUGACAGUCGAGUAAAUUAUCAUGAUGUCAAACCAUUACAGUUUCCCUCUCUAUUUGUUGAUCUUGGUCUUUUAUUUAUUUA